UCAAGACCGGAGGCGUUUCCCUCUCUCAUUCCCUUUUCCCCCUGUCGUAGACGAAGAGGGGAAUUGGGCGUCUCAAACCCCUAACCCUAAUUACGAACCAAACAUUCGGAUCGGGUAAAUCUCCGGUUAGCUCUCUCAAUUUCGGACUCGCCGACAUCACGAGUUCAACUUUCAGGCUUCUGGUAAUAACAUCUGCAUAGGCAAGCUCAAAUGAAUCCGCUGACAUUAGUGAAGCGCAUACAGAACAUAAAUGCGAAGGAAGCUGCAUUAGGUUUAUCCGAGGAUGCUUCAUGGCAUGCCAAGUACAAAGACUCGGCUUAUGUGUUCGUUGGUGGAAUUCCUUUUGACCUCACCGAAGGCGACCUCCUGGCUGUUUUUGCUCAAUACGGUGAGAUAGUUGAUGUGAAUCUUGUAAGAGAUAAGGGCACGGGAAAAUCAAAGGGCUUUGCUUUUAUUGCUUAUGAGGAUCAGAGAAGUACAAAUCUCGCUGUAGAUAAUCUGAAUGGUGCACAAAUUCUUGGGCGUAUUAUAAGAGUGGACCAUGUUACUAACUAUAAGAAGAAAGAGGAAGAGGAUGAGGAGACCUUGAGGAAGAAGAGGGAAGAAAGGGGUGUAUGCCGUGCAUUUCAAAGGGGUGAGUGCACUAGAGGAGCUGGAUGCAAAUUUUCUCAUGAUGAGCAAAGAGCUGCAAACACAGGUUGGGGACAUGAAGAAGAUAGACGGUCAAAAUGGGAUCAUGAAAAAUUUGAUGAUUCUCGGAAGGAUAAGAGGUUUGGCCAAUCAAGUAGUGCUGUAGAUUCUGGUGUUGAAGAGAAACGUAGGUAUAGUGAGAAAGAUUCAAAAGUGUCUAAAGCAAAACACAGCGAUAUGCAGAACUAUGAUCAUAAAAAAAUUGAUACAGUGGAUAGGCACAGUAGAGGUGAUGAGAAGCAAUCAAAGCGAAAGGAGAGGGAAAUGGAUAACAAGGAAGACUAUGAUGAACCAAAGUCACGAGGAGAUCGUGAUAGGAUGUAUGAAAAAGUGAGGAGGAGGGAUGAUGAUGAUAGGAGAGAUGAAAAGUCACGGGGAGAUCGUGAUAGAAUGUAUGAAAAAGUGAGGAGGCAUGAUCAUGAUUCAAAAUCAAGGGAAGAUGAUGAUCGGAGAGGUGAAAAGUCACGGGGAGAGCAUGAUGGAAUGUAUGAAAAAGUGAGGAGGCAUGGCCAUGAUUCAAAAUCAAGGGAAGAUGAUGUUAGGAGAGAUGAAAAGUCAAGGAAACAUGAGGAUGAUCGAAGGUCAAGGGAAGAUGGCGAUAGGAGGGAGAGAUCAAGAAGACGUGAAUAAAUGAUCAAAGAUUAUAGGGGACUGGAUAAAACUGCCCAUGAUUUCCCACCCAACCCCCCCAAUCGUCAUGGAAGGAAUGGUGAUGAUCAGCACCACAACCAGACAAAUAUAAAUGAUCCACAGGACUGAAGUUAUGCGAAGUGAUCGAAUUUCCUUUGUUACAUUCCCUUUCUAUUAUUAAUGUUUUUUUUAAUGAGAUGGUGCAGGUCAUUACCUAUUCUAUGCCAGUCCCCCAUCCACCAUUGGUGCUGUGUGGUGGGUGAUGCAUAUCAUGUCUACACUUGAAGUUGUUAAAUGCUAGGCAGGAACUUGUAAACUCAUGCUACCCUCUUUAAACUGCCAUCUGUGAACCCACUGCCAGUUUUGCCAG